AUGGGUUAUGACACUAUCAAACUCAGCAAAGUAUCCCUCAAGCGCGUCACACGCCUCCUCCUUGGCCUCCUUGGCCAUGUUGAACAGCUUGAAAGGGAAAUUGCCAAAAUCAAGGAAGCAGGGGUUGAGACCCAAACCAAUGUUGAGAACAUAUCUCAAACCAUUGAUGUUGUCAAGGAUGGGCUUAGAAGCCUCCAACUUCAAGGACCCCGCACACCUGAGGGUCCCCAGCCAAAGACCAUGGAAGAAACACCACGCCCCAUACCAAAAACUGAGCCUAUUGGAUUGGUUAGUAGGCCACCCUUCUGGACAGAACAACCAAGGGAGCUUGUCCCCAUUGCCCAGCCAACACCAAGAAGAACCAUACCCCUGCAAGUCCCAUCUCCCCCUACAUCUCCGCGUCUCCAAUCCCCAAUUGGAGCCCCUGCCCCUCACCCACCGGCUCCAGCAGCCCAUUACCCCGCUCCAGUCAAAGUUGACCACCCUGAUGCCUACACAGGCAAAAUAGGGAGCAAGGCUAAGCAAUGGUUAACCCGGAUGCUAGCCUGGACCUGCCACAAUUUGCAGAUGUUCCCAACCAAUCAGGAGGUUCUGUCCUUCCUUCUGAUGAAUAUGAAGGACUCCGCUGGGGCCUGGGCCCAUCCACACCUCAACCAGCUUGGUUCACACUGGGUCAUCAUUCAAACAGUUGAAGGGUUCAAACUGGAGUUCCUGGCAGCAUUUGGCAACCCUGAUGCCACAAGGGCCGCCAAGCAGAAGAUCACCACCCUAACCCAGUCCAGCACGUGUGCAGACUACAUCACAAAGUUCAGAACCCUAGCCAUGGAACUGGACUGGAACAAUGCAGCCCUUAGGGGUCAGUUUGCCUGUGGCCUCCAUUGGGAGGUCAGCCGCCAAAUUGCAACUUGCAAACACCGCCCCCAAACCCUUCUCAAGCUGCAGAAUGCAGCACUUGUCAUCAAUAAUGCCCUCCAUGAGGAACGUGCUAGCCACCUGCCAAGGGACAGUAAGUCUAGCAAGCAACCAAACCCUGCAAGGGGGACAAGUACCGGCCAGUCAACUACUGGUUCAAAGAGACUCUCCAAUGACCCCAACUUUGUGUCAGAAGAGGAAAGAAAUUGCUGCCGCGCCGUUGGCGCUUGUAUUAAAUGCAGUAAAAUGGGCCACAAGUUUGCGGAAUGCCCCACGGGCUGGAAGGCCACCCCUAUAGAGGAUAAGGGGAAAGCCAAGGAAACCGCCAAAACUGGCAAAGACUCCAAGUACCAAUUGGGAAAAGAUAGCCCAAAUAAAAUCUCACCACUCUUCACAAUUUCAAUCACACCAGAAAAACAAGCAGAACCUUUAGAAGUCCUGAUAGAUUCAGGCGCCACAUCCUCCUUCCUACACCCACGCACUGCAGAACUACUCCGCCUCCCACUCAUUGACCUACCCAAACCCCAUACCAUUACUAUGCUUGAUGGGUCAAGCCCCCAGGCCGGCAAAAUCUGGAAGAAGGCAGUUCUAACCUUCUCCCUUGAUGGCAAACAAAUGACUGAGACCUUCCUCAUCUGUAACACAGGGUCUCAUGCUGCUAUCUUGGGAUUGAAGUGGUUGGAUGCCCACAACCCAGAAAUUGAUUGGAACAUGCGCACCCUUACCUUCCCCCAAGCCCCGCCAGAACAUGUGGCCAUUGCUGAAGAGGAAGAAGCUGAUAAGAACCCCCUUGAAGGAGUACCCCCAGAAUACCACCAAUAUGCCAAGGUAUUUGGGGAGGAAGAAUUCAAUAAGCUUCCCCCACACCGGCAUUAUGACAUUGGGAUCAAACUCACCAAAGAAGGACCCCUCAACUCCCCCCUUUACAGUAUGACCAAUGCUGAGUCUGCUACAUUAAAGGACUGGCUCAGGGACAAGUUGAAGGCAGGAAAAAUCCGCCCCAGCAAAUCUUCUAUCAGCUCCCCUGUGAUGUUUGUACCAAAAAAGGAUGGCUCCCGCUGUUUGGUUGUCAACUACUGUUGCCUCAACAACUGGACAAAGAAGAAUGUUUACCCCCUGCCACAACCCAAUGACCUUAUGGCCCAGCUCUGCGGCGCCAAGGUCUUUACUAAAUUGGACCUACAAUGGGGUUACAACAAUGUCCAAGUCAAGGAAGGUGAUGAAUGGAAAACCGCCUUCUGCACCAAGUACGGCCUUUACAAAUCCCUAGUCAUGACCUUUGGCCUGACCAAUGCUCCUGCCACCUUCCAGCACUUCAUGGACAAACUCUUCAAGGAUCUACUGGAUGUAUGCGUGAUCAUCUACCUAGAUGACAUCCUUAUUGUUGUACACCACUGUAAGCUAUUCUGUAAGGCCUCAAAAUGUACCUUCCAUGUCACCGCCAUAGAAUACUUGGGCAUCAUGGUCUUGGAUAAAGGGUUCAGUCUGGAUAAGCUCAAAAUCCAAGCAGUGCAGGAAUGGCCCACACCAACCAAGGUUAAGGAAGUACAAUCCUUCCUUGGGUUUGCCAACUUUCUACAACGGUUUGUUGCCAAUUUCAGUCACAUGGCCAGGCCCCUACAUAACCUGGUCAAGAAGGACACACCGUGGAAGUGGGAAACAAAGGAAGAGGAAGCAUUCCAAGGGCUAAAAAACGCCAUUACCAACGCCCCUGUACUCUGCCAUGCCAACCCCACAAAGCCCUAUUUUCUUGAGACAGACACAUUGGGAGCAGCCUUGGGUUCUAUACUGAGUCAACAACAGGAUGAUGGACGCCUACACCCUCUAGGUUUCUUGUCAGAAUCCUUCAAAGGGGCAGAACAAAACUAUGACACACAUGACAAGGAACUUCUUGCCAUCAUCUGCUCUUUUGAAUACUGGUGCAUCUUCCUAGAAGGGACAAACCACCCCAUCACCAUUUUUACCAACCACUGGAACUUGGAAUACUGGAAAGAGUUGCAAACCUUUAACUGGCACCACGCCCAAUGGCACCUCCUACUGGCUGGCUAUAACUUCCAAAUUACCAUGCUCCCUGACCCCGUAUUUGCCAACUUAGCUUUAGUAACGCCUGAAAAGGAACUCCAAUGCCAAAGUGAAGCCACCCUAGACCAGGAUGAAUCCUUAGAGGAAAUUCUGCAGUUCCUCCAGAACAAAUCAAAGGUGCCUCCAACCAUCAAACAGGCAUUUAAAGACUAUCAGAUGGAAGCAGGCCUACUCUUCUACCAGGGUCAAAUUGUGGUCCCUGAUGUUGGAACCCUAAGAACGGAUCUCCUCCAGAUUUUCCAUGACAGCCCAUUAGCCAGUCACCCAGGCAGGCAACAGACCCUAGAACUGGUUUCACAAGAUUACUACUGGCCAGGGAUUUGCACCAAUACAUACUGGCAUGUGGAUUUGUGUGAAACAUGUCAACAGAUCAAGAAGCCCAAAUAUGUGCCCAUUCCACCUCAACCUCUUGAAACCCCUACUAGACCCUGGCAACAUGUGCCUUACAAUAUGAUAGUAGACCUUCCCAAAGACGGAAACCACAACUCAAUCUUAGUUGUGGUUGAUAGCUUUACUAAGUACAGGAUAUUUGUCAAAUGCUCCAAGAAAUUGAAGGCCCCCAAGCUAGCAGAAAUAUUCCUGGAGCAUGUCUGGAAAUGGCAUGGUAUGCCUGAAAAAACAAUCUUGGAUAGAGGAAGGGUCUUUAACAACAAAUUCCUGACGGCACUGUACAAAUGCCUGGGAAUAGAUCCCCACUUCUCCUUGGCAUACCACCCCCAGAGCAAUGGGCAAACAGAACAAGUCAACCCUUCUAUUGAACACUUCCUCAGAGCAUACUCAGGGUUAAAUCAACAGGACUGGACCAAGUGGCUCCCUAUGGCGGAAUUUGCUUAUAAUAAUGCUGUACAUAGUAGUACCAGGAGAACCCCAUUUAAAGCCCUGUAUGGAUGGGAACCUACCCUAACUCCGUCCAACGUACCAAUGGACGUCCCCAAAGCCAACAACCUAGCCCAACGCAUGGAAGCACAAUGGAAGGAGGUGGAAGCAGCACUCCGGCAAUCCAAGACAAAGAUGACUGCUGGGAAAGAGGGAAGCCCAAUAAACUUUGAAAUCAGAGAAGAAGCCUGGCUUGACGCCAGAAACGUCAACUUCAAAACCCUGAGCCCCAAACUAACGGAACAAUGCCUGGGGCUAUUCAAGGUUAUCAAAAAGGUCUCUGACCAUGCUUACCAACUUGAGUUGCCACCCACAAUGUGCAUCCAUAAUGUUUUCUAUGUGGGAUUACUAUCUAAGGUUAAAAGGGACAACAAACGCGCCUUCAAGAACCAUCCACCUCCAGUCACCAUGGAUGGGGAGGAAGAAUACAAAGUAGAAGGGAUAACAGACAUGGAAGAAAGGAACAGAGAGUGGUUCUUUAGAGUUAAAUGGAAAGGCUACAGAUCAGAGGAAAAUACCUGGGAACAAAGGGAAAACCUCAAAAACACCAAAAAAAUUCUAAAAAUUUUUGAGAAGGAAAUGAAGAAGAAGGCCCUUGGCGCCACCAAGGCCCUUAAAGGGGGGGCAGACACCAAGGAUAAUAUUCCUGACAAUCUUGAAGCUAUCUUUGCGGCCUCAAUAAAAAUAGACAAUACUUGCUGCAAAAACAAGGAGAACAGGCCCAAGAAAGCAGGCAAGCCCCUGGUCACCGCAACCACUACCACUUCUACCAACACCAUACAAUGGGUCUGCCUAUUGGAAGACCCCAAUUAUGUUACACCAGAAGAAAGGGACCGUUGCCACGCCUUGGGACUCUGUGUCAAAUGUGGGCAGAAGGGCCAUGGCAUCAAACAAUGCCCCAAUGGAUGGAAGGCCACAAUCAAAGAAAUGGCAAAAAUAGCUCAGGAGGAGUUGGAAAAAGAAUAA